AUGUUUUUGCUACUAAUAGCUGUUUGUAUAAAUGCGAGGUAUGGCUCUUCAGCCCAGUUACUCAUUAACACUUCAUCGUUAGGUUUGAUUCAAGGAGAAAUAAAUCCGGUCAUAGAUAAUGUUCGUCAAUUUAUUGGUAUUCCUUUCGCACAACCACCUGUUGGUAUACUUCGUUUCAAACCGCCUGUUGCUCUUGUUAAUAUUUCGUCUUCCGGCGUCUAUAAUGCAACAGCAGUAGCACAUCAGGGUGGAUUUCCUGCACUCAAUUGUAUGCAAAUCUCUUUAGCAAAUUCAAGUGAGAUCUAUGGACAAGAAGAUUGUCUCUACCUUGAUAUUUUUCUUCCAUUGAACAUCAACAAUGGAACUUUAUUACCCGUAGUGGUCUAUAUCUAUGGUGGUGGUUUUGAAACUUCAGAUCCACAUAGUCCAACUGCACUCAUUUCAUUGUAUCAAAAUGUCAUUUAUGUUGCUAUACGUUAUCGUGUUAAUGUUUUCGGUUUUAUGGCAUCAACAGCUCUGUCAGCUAGUAGACCAGGACCUAUUCAAUCAUCAGGUUUACAAGGUUUUGAAGAUCAACAGAUGGCAAUUAAAUGGGUUCGAGAUAACAUUCAAUCUUUUGGUGGUAAUCCUAAUUCUAUUACAAUACAAGGACAUUCCGCAGGAUCUAUUUCUGUUUGUCUCCAUGUGAUUGCGCCUGCAUCUCAACAUUUAUUCCAACGUGCUAUCAUGCAAAGUGGAGGUUGUUAUAUGGGACAAGUACCUUUAUCGUAUAUGAAGAUGAUCGGUGAUGAUAUUUCAUCAUAUUUCUGUAAUUCAUCAUUAUCGAAUAUGGUUUCAUGUUUACAAUCUAUCGAUUCAACGAGCCUUCUUCAAUAUGCGCAAUCAAAAGCUUUUAUUGGCGUUGAAAAACGAGUGAAUGCAAGUAACGUUGAUAUGGUACUACGUGAAGUACCUAUUCAGAUAGCAACUGAUGAUCAACAUUUGUAUACUCAUUCGAAUGCGUUAAUGCUUAACGCCUUCGAUUUCGAUGAUUGUGAUGAAGAAGCCUGCAAUUUUAUGAGUGCACCUCAAUCGCUAGUGAACUGUUCAUUAAGCAACAAUCGUUAUCGUUCAACGGAUAUGGAUAUGUGCUGCAUGAAUAUACCGUUGCCAGAUGCUGACGACAGCGACGACGAAGAAGAAGAUGCAGAUUUGUUUUCUUGUAAACCUGUGCCACAAAAUACUCCAUUCCAAACUUUCAUUCCGACCUCAGCGACUGAUCUGUCAGUUAUGCGUGACGAAGAUAUUGUUCGUUAUUUAAUUGACAAACAAAAGUUCAAUGGCUCGUGGCAACUAGACGAAACUGAUAUUCAAAAAUUGACUGGUAAACCAUGGAAUGUAUUUCAACAUAUAGCUCCGAAUGAAGUGCUUACUUCUGCUAUCAUUAUUUUGAUACUUGAAACGCGUUUCACGUCCUUUUCAAUGAUGUGGCACGGCAUCGUACAAAAAGCACGUACAUCUCUACUCGAUCUCCUUGGCAAAGACAUGACAAAAGUCAAUGCAUUACUCGAAGACAUACGUAAACAACUUUAA